AUGUGUGACAAAAUUAGCUGGGGGCGUUCAGCAACUUCCAACCAAAGCCAGCUGACUAGCCACGCUCAGACUAGUGUCCAGCAGACGUCAAUCACGAAUGGGAAAGACUUGAGCUCAAUUCAGAGUCGAAGUUCUCGAAGUUCUGUCUCUGAUGCUGGCGAGAGUACUUCUACUGUUUCGAACUCUCUGCUACCAAGCACUACUUUCCUAUCAUCUUCAAGCCCUCUUGUAGUAUCUUCGGCCACCGGAAGUACGACAACGACGGUGCCCAUUCCUGGUCCUUCAUUCCUGGUUCAAGGCAGUGGAGAAUACCUUGGAUUUUACUCCACAUUUGACGUGAACACAGGGGCUGUCGUUCUUCUAAAACCUGACGAUGCGGUGCCAGUAGCCCUCCAAAUUGAUAGCAAUGGGGAAAUGAGAAGCUCUGAAGAUUCAGCACUGCUUGCUUUCCUACGAGAAACAAGCGAUCCAACUCUCGGAGACGGUAUCCUCAGACGGCAGAUCUCAGGGUCUAGCUCUGUGAAAUGUCAAGUUUGUCAGCUGCUUUACGGUGCCAAUGCAAAUAUCACGGUUAGCGACAUUACCGAAGAAUUCUUUUUAGAGGACGGUGAACCCAAACUUAGAUACGGUGGCAACGUGUAUGAGUUUUAUGUGGUGGAGGUGAAAAGGAAAUUGUUCUUAUUCAUGAUAUCAGAUAUUGUUGAUAUUGCUUUGGUACCUGAAUCUUUGGGGUUUGAUGUCAAGAGAAUGCCGAUGGCGGCAGAUAAUAUUGGAUCAAUUUCAACUAUAUUUACCAGUUCAUUUUCGGGUACUCUAUCAUCCUCGGCCAACCCUUCGGUAUCUUCUACCUCGAGCGCAAGCUCGGGUUCCGGCUCUUCGUCCCCGUCAGCAUCAGCAAAUGCCUCUUCAGAGUCUUCAAUAUCGUCAAUCACUUCAGCCACGACGUCUUCAACCUCAGUCACUUACGAUGCUUAUCAAAUAAUUAUAUCGUAUGGUUAUCAGAGUUAUUGCUCUACCAUCCUGCAAUCUACCAUAACGGUGUCCAAUACGACCACUUUCGCUGACCCGAGUAUAACUGCUUCGACCGCCACGACUGAGACGGAUAUAAGUUCUAUCGUCUUACCUAUAAUAACAAGUAGUAGUGCGACUACGACGUCCUUCAGUGCAACUUCGGUCACGAAUACUGUUGCAAAUGAUGUGAGGCACGAGUACCGUCAGAUAGAGAUCCCACAAUACCUCGUCACUUUUGCACCGGAACAAGUUACCUCGGGAUGCUCUAGGGCAGUAGUGCCUGAUACCAAGAGUAUCCCUGAAAUUUCGACUUCAACGGUACCAAUAACCACGUCUGUGUUGAUAAUAUCAGAAGUAACUACUACAACGUCAGCUGGGUCCACGUCGGUGGUAGGCUAUGGGGCAUCUGUCGAUUAUGGUGGCAUUGGGGCAAUCCGACCGGUUGAUUCUCGAUAUCCUGGCAUGCUGAUGCGCAGUUUUCGAUACUGCGCUUCAUGGAAUUGUGGUCCUUACUCUCCUGGAAGUUUGUUAGUCGCUUGUCCUCGAGCGAACGGAAAUAAGCCGGUAGUCAACUGGUACAUAAAUUUCGAUCAGGCGAUGAAAUCCUGGUAUAUCCAGGUAACGAUGUCUAACAGUAAUUACCCAUGGGCUAUUCCUGUGACGAAGAACAUUAAUACGAACACAACAUUUAGGAUAUCCACCAGCAGUGCGUUUCAAUAUUACGUUAACGGGGUUGGUUCCGGUAACCAGAUAUUUUACAUUAAUUAUAACCUUACGGACCCGGAUCACUACAUAUAUCCGAACACGGAUCUGAUAGGGGCUGGAAAUCUUUGGACUUGUGUUUUCUAUCCUGAUAUUGGAACCACCAAUAUCGGCGUCAGAACAGGACUCCGUGGUUUGUUCUUCGUCCCGAGCACUUUCGCAGAUUCUGCAUUCUCGAGCCUCAUGGAUGAUUGCCAGAAGUUACCGGACAACAGAUUGCAACUUGUGUAUUACAAUGACCCUCUUACGAGGUUGAAGCGGGAGGAGAAAACCCUCGGGCCCCAGCAGGAAUAUUAA